AUGGGUGGGAUGACUGUGACACCUAAUGAAAGGAAUGAUCUUAUUCUGAUGAGUCCUAUGACCGGACGGAGAGUUUGCAUGGACUACCGAAAGUUGAAUGCUUGGACACAAAAAGACCAUUUUUCCCAUUCCCUUCAUGGACCAAAUGUUGGACAGACUUGUAGGCAAGGCUGGUAUUAUUUUCUAGAUGGCUACUUAGGCUACAACCAGAACUCUAUCGCCCCGGAAGACCAAGAAAAGACCACAUUCACUUGCCCUUAUGGGACUUUUGCAUUCAAAAGGAUGCCAUUUGGGUUGUGUAAUGCACCAAUGACUUUUCAGCGUUAUAUGAUGUCGAUAUUUUCUGAUAUGGUAGAGGAAACUAUUGAGGUUUUCAUGGAUGAUUUUUCUAUGGAUUAUUCAAAAGUUGCAUAUCCUUUGUGCAAAUUGCUAGAGAAGGACUGUAAGUUCUAUUUCGAUGAGUCUUAUCUGAGAGCAUUUGGAGAAUUGAAAGGGAAGUUAGUUUCUGUGCCCAUUAUUAUUUCACCGAAUCAGGGUGAGACAUUUGAGGUGAUGUGUGAUGUGAGUGGGGUUGCACUUGGCAUGGUAUUAGGACAAAGAAGAGAUAAAAUCCUUCACCGUAUUUAUUAUGUGAGCAAAGCUCUGAAUGAAGCCCAAAAGAACAACACUUUGAUAGCGAAGGACGCAAAGCAAAGGUUCAUCAGAUGGGUAUUACUGCUUCAAGAUUUUGAAUUUGAGGUGGAGGAGAGAAAGGGGACUGCAACUCAAAUGGUCGACCACUUCUUAAGAAUGGAGGAUGAAGCUAUGCACAAACUGGGGGAAAAGGCUGAAAUUAAUGAUGCGUUUCCAGAUGAGGAUAUAUUGGUCGUUUCACAUGAUCUGAUCCCAUGGUUUGCAGACUUCGUUAACUAUUUGGCAAGUGAUUGUCCCGCGGAUUUGACUUUACACCAAAGGAAGAAGUUCCUACACGAUGUGAAGAAGUUUUUUUUUGCGAUAAGCCUAACGUAA